CUUCAACACUGGCUGAUCACUCUACUCUCGGGGUUACAGCACAUCACUCUGCUGUGAGCUGAUUAAACAAUAUAUCACGUUUGAUUAUUCUUUGUUAGGAAAAUUAGUAGCAGGGUGGUAGUAUUUCUAACGUUAUUUCUGAUUGAAACUCGACGUGUUGUCUAAGUAUUCUUUUAAUUAUUAAUGGUUUCGUAUCAUUUCUGCUCGCUGUAGUUUCCAGUGGCUCUACGUUUGUUUAUGGUUUCGAUUGUGAAUGCUACGAGAAAGCCUUCUGUUGUUGUUUUACUUUCUGAUCCGUGAUGAUAAAUAUUACAUUACGGUGUAGAGGGCUGGCUCUUGUUGUGUUCUUGCUGGGUAGUGAUUUUGUUUUGGGAUGGUUGAACAACAUUAAAUCCGGCAGCACACAGCAAAGCCAACGGUCUAUAACCUCCAGUUCAGAUCAGAGUUGCUUCUGUCACUUGACAGGUGUCUUAGAUGACUGUUUCUGUGACAUAGAAAGCAUUGAUGUCUUCAACAACUUCAAGAUCUAUCCCAAAAUUCAGAAACUAAUAGAGAGAGACUUCUUCAGAUACUAUAAAGUAAACCUGAAGAGACCAUGUCCCUUCUGGCCAGAUGAUGGACAUUGCUCCAUCAAGGACUGUCAAGUGGAACCUUGCCCAGAGAGUAAAGUUCCAAUGGGGAUUAAAGCUGGCAACUACAAUAAAUAUUCACAGGAUACAAAUACUGUAAAACAAACUGAGGAUUGUGUGCAGGCUAAUCAACUUGGAGCUAUAAAUAGCACUUUAAGCAACCAAAGUAAAGAAGCUUUUGUAGACUGGGCAAGGCAUGAUGAUGCAAAGGACCAUUUUUGCGAACUCGAUGAUGAGACAUCACCUGAUGCAGAAUAUGUGGACCUGCUUUUUAACCCAGAGCGCUACACUGGAUACAAAGGACCUUCAGCAUGGAGAGUGUGGAACAGCAUCUACGAAGAAAACUGCUUCAAACCCAGAUCUGUUUACCGCCCCUUAAAUCCACUGGCACCAAGCAGAGGAGACGAUGAUGGGGAGGGCUUCUACAACUGGCUAGAAGGUCUGUGUCUUGAGAAAAGAGUGUUUUACAGACUGAUUUCUGGGCUCCACACAAGUAUCAACAUACAUCUCUGUGCCAAAUAUCUGAUACAAGAGAGCUGGGGAAAAACUACAUGGGGAACAAAUAUGAAGGAGUUCAGACAUCGUUUUGAUCCUGUUGAAACUAAGGGAGAAGGGACCAGAAGACUUAAAAACCUGUACUUCUUAUACUUGAUAGAGUUGCGUGCUUUAUCCAAAGUAGCACCAUACUUUGAACGGACCAUUGUGGAUUUGUAUACCGGCAAUGCAGAGGAAGAUGCAGCUACAAAGGAAUUACUUUUGCAAGUUCUUAAUGAGACAAAAGCAUUCCCUAUGCAUUUUGAUGAAAAGUCCAUGUUUGCUGGAGGCAAAACAGAAGCAAAGAUAUUAAUGGAAGAGUUCAGGCUCCAUUUUAAAAAUAUAUCCCGUAUAAUGGACUGUGUUGGCUGUAGUAAGUGUCGGUUAUGGGGUAAGCUUCAGACCCAGGGGUUAGGGACAGCACUGAAGAUUUUGUUUUCGGAAAAACAAAUUAAGAAUCUUUCAGAGAACAGCCCUUCUAAAGGUUUUCAGCUCACGCGUCAGGAAAUUGUUGCUCUUCUGAAUGCUUUUGGAAGGCUUUCUACAAGUAUAAUGGAGCUUCAGAAUUUCAGAACUCUUCUGCAGGACAACAGGUAACAAGCAUUACCAGCCACAGAGUGGUGACAGCCCCUGGGCACUGCAAUAAUCGCUUGAUUCUGGCAUUUCCUCCAGAAUGAGACCACUUCUUCAGGAAACAUUUCAUCUACCGUACUUUACAUCUGGAAAUUCUGUGAAUCCUAACAACGGGUUACACACAAAUAGAAACAGUGCAUUUUGUAGCAUCUUUGUAGUAUCUAGGUAUACUUGAAGUACUAUGUUUUACCAUGUACCACGCAGCUAGUUAUAUAAAUUUUACUUUUGCUUCUGUUUAUGACCCCCUUCUUUUAUCACGAGAUGCUCUUUAAGUUUACAAAGAUGUUUAUUUUAAGGAAUUUGUUACAGAAAUUGUGGUGUAUCGACUUCAGAGAGACUACAGCUGUGGCCAAAAGAUUUGCAUCACCUAGAAUUUUAGGAUUGAGGCAAAAAUAUAAACUAUUUGAACA